AUGCCUAUCGCCGAUGACAAGGUCGUGUGUGAAAUUGUGGCGGCCGUGGUCCUGCGAGCGCUGCCAAGAAGGCUGGUGCCCGCACGAAGCUUCAUGUCCGCCAGCUUCCAAAUCGCACAGUCGCUCAUCGAUGCCUGGUUGGCUGCGUGUGACUCAUCAUUCAGCGCACCUCUUAGCGCUGAUGCCUUGAAAGGCCGGCUGUGCAGUUUGGUUGGCACCACCUGUACCACCGCUUGGUGGGAUGAUGCCUCAGAACGACUGAAGGGCACAAGCCCGACUCUGCCGCUGCAAAGAAAGCUGGCAGAGGUGCUGAAGCGUGGUCGUGGCCUGCGCAGCGUCCCGGUGCCUGCCAAAGACAGCGGCGCUGGGGGAGAGGCAUGGCCCGAGCGAGGAGCGGCGUGGGUGCUCGUGGCUCUGGAGGACGUCGUGGGCUCCGUUGCUUCGCAUUCAGCCCGAAAGGCUGCGGCAGCUGCAGCUGCGGCGGCAGGGCGUCCGUCUACAGCGGGAUCCCGGCCGGGCACCGCGCAGCGGCCGGUCACUGGCACUCAAGGAGGCCGUCAUCAGUUCCAGCCGCCCACGAGACUUCACGAAGGUGCGGGGCCGUCCAAGCUCGUGGAGCGCCUCCGGCUCCUGGCCAUCAAGCAUUUCGUCGCCGCCGCCAAAGCAGAUGACGAUCUGCAGAACUGCCCAUUGGUGGCCACCUGCCUAGCAGACGUCGCCAUGGGCUUGGCACCCCACGUGGACAGUGACGAUCUGAUGGCGCAGCCCGAGUACCGUGAGCGAUUGGUAGCUUGGGCCGCUCAGGAAUGCCAGAAUCAGAGCGAUCCGUCUGCUAUUCAGAAAGCGAUCCAAGAGGCAAUGAAGGUCACCCCCGCGGCAGCUGCAGCGAAAGGUCAGCUUGCGCCGGCCAAAGGGCCCAGCGCCGCUGCAAGUCGCUCGCAACCUUCAGGUUCCGCACGUGCUGGCAGCUGGCUGCCAAAGGUCUUUGUGCGAGAGUUUAAUGCGGAGGGCGAUGAGGUGGAGCCAGACUCUGGUGAAGACGUGGAUGCUGCAGGCCUUUAA